AUGGGCCCGGCUUCCGGCUGGACCGCGGCUGUAUUGCGCCUGCCUCUGCGUUCUGCGCCACUGACUUCCCUUGUCAGCCUCCUUGUCCUCGGGCCCCCGGAGCCUGGCCUGGCCUUCCUGCCCUGCUCCCCUUCCCUCCUCCUAGCCGACACUGACCGUGAACCGGCCAGCUCUCAAGGGGCCCAACCGGCCAGCUCUCAAGGGGGCCAACCGGCCAGCUCUCAAGGGGGCCAACCAGACAACACGCAAGUGAGCAAGACCAACCCAAAAGGGGGCCAGCAGACUGCACCAGAAAAAGGCAAGAAGACCAAUCUAAAAGGGGACCAGCAAAUCUCCCCAGGAAAAGGCCAGCAGACACAUCCAGAAGGAGAACAACAGACCCCCCUAGAAAGGGACCAGCAGACCAACCUGGAAGGGGACCAGCAGACCAACCUAGAAGGGGACCAGCAGACCAAUCCAGAAGUGGACCAGGAGACCAAAGGAGAUUCUGAUGAGUUUAUUUCUAGUGAUCCUUUUAAAGAAGAGUCCAAAACAGACACCAAUGUGAAAUCUCCAGCAGACAAUCCUGAGCAUAGCAACCCUUAUUUGGAGGAGAAUGGUCAAGGCAAGGAAAAUUCAGAAAGCAGCCACUUUUUUGCAUACUUGGUCACAGCAGCCAUUCUAGUAGCUGUCCUGUACAUUGCCUAUCACAACAAGAGAAAGAUCAUUGCUUUUGCCCUGGAAGGAAAGCGAGCCAAGGUUACCAGGAGGCCAAAGGCCAGUGACUACCAACGCUUGGACCAAAAGAUCUGAUUUCACCCUGAGAAACGUGCCUGCCCUACUGCUUUGUGUCCUGAAGUACGAGAGCCUGAAGAAUGGUGCCUGACCUGGGCAGUACCUAUCUCCCUGAGCUGGGGCUCUGGCGAGUCUGGUCCAGUCAAGACAGGGAAUAUUUUCUUCUUUGCACCUGCACUUUGAUAAAAUCAGACUCCUUCUGUUUGCUAGUUGUGUGCUGUUUUCUUCCAUUCUUUCCUCCUCUGAGGGCAACUGAAGAGACACAAGAGGUUACUGGGCUGUGACCAAAGGAAAAUCCUGGCCCAAGAUGAGCUAUUGUUGUACCCUCUUCUCUAGGGCUAAUACUAAAUAAUCUUCCUCACAACAGGUUUGGUGGCAAAAAGAUUUGCCUUAGCAGAAAAUAUUGCACUCUGACUACUCCUCUCUGCUGACUUGAGCAGACCCAGGGUAGGGAGGGUGAAUUACUCAUUUAAGAGAUGGUAAUGGCCGAAGUGGGAGGGUUUCCAAACAGGAGAGAUCUUUUCCCCAUGUGAAUUCCUAUUCAUCAAGUGCAGAUUGUUCAAUCUUUCUAAUAUUUGCAAAUUGCUUCAGGAAAACUACAAAUGAGGGAAACAACGUCCCUCCAAUUGCACUGAUUAUAUAUUGAGCUCUGGGUUGUGGGAGCUAAGCCCCUGAGUACAGAUGUUUUAGAAUUUUAAGAUGAUCAUUUAUAAAUGUCCACAAUUUCACCCACAGGCACAGUAGAAAUUUGCACAUGAGAAUCACGUCAUUUUAUCAAAAGGUUUUUGAGAAGCAGAUUUCCCACCUAACCCAGUUUGCACUUGCCAUUGAUUGUUGCCUUUCUUUUAAAAUGUUCUCAAGAACUUCUCAGCCAGUCAAACUUAGUCUGUUUGCAGGGAUUCUGGAACCUGUGAACCUUUGGUGGUUCUGAAACAGAGCUGUCCUGCUUCUCUGCUUCUGUCGUGUCAGGGAUGUUAAGAUCUAUGUGGUGGAAAUUUCUAAGAGGCAAGGAGGUGAUUUCUUGGAUGUAGUUUCCCUGCUGGAAACAUCAAGGGAAGUCGGUCACAAGAUAAUUGCUUAUAUUGCAUUGUUAUAGGGAUUCUGGACUUUGGGUAAAGUGAAACCUGGAGCAGAAUAGCUUACCUCAGGGAAACCCAGGGGAUCAGAUAGCCUACUGAGAGAGAAGCCAGGGCAUUGUGGGGAAGCUUGCAGAAGGCUCAUUUCAGACUGUUGCAUGAAUUCUUUCCUGCUUUUAAAUUGUGAGAACUACUUUUCUUAAGUUGACCUUUUUUUAUUUCAUUAAAAUCAAUACUUCCCUUACUGAAAAGAUCAAGGCUCUCUAAUGUACAUAUUUUUAUUUAGCCUUAUCUCUGCUUUAACCAGUCAGUAUCUUUGUGCCAUUCUUCACCGCACUUGGAGGAAGAAAUGUUUCUUCCUUUUAGAAUUAACUCCCCUGCCCAGAAUCUUACUUCAGUUUUUUCUGCCUGUUCCCAGAAGUUUUCUUUUUUUAGUUAUUGCCCUUCCCCAUUUAUUCUUUAGCACUUUUUAAUUUCUUUCCCACUUUAUUAGUUUUUCCCUUUCUAUCCCCAAACACAGAGCACAUUUUUUUCCAUUUGUCUGCCUCUGUUCCUUCUGUGACCAUCCUGUCGUUCUCCUUACCCUGCCUAGCUCCUCAAGCAAGUGGUAUUUGAAAUUCUAUCCUUAUACCCUUGGGUUUGUGAUAUUACACGAAGCCUUAUUAUUCUCCUACCUCUCCAGCUGCUCCUCUUUGGCACCCUUUGCUUCUCUCCAUCUGCUCCCUUUAAACAGUGAAUAUUCUUCAACACUUAGUCAUUCUGCUAUUGUCUCUAUGUACUCAGGGAAUUCAUUCACUGUGGGACUUUGUAUCUUUAAGCCCCACCUCCCUUAUAAGUCCCCAUCUGGUAUCUACAACUACUGGCUGCAUGUUUCUACAUGGAUGCCUGGCUCCCUGUCACUUGGAACUCAGCAAAGCUAAAACCAGACUCCCUGGCCUGCAGACUGUCUCUUCACUCUUGACUUAACCUGGUUUUUUUUUUUUUUUGUUUUUGUUUUUGUUUUUUAGGAUCACAUUCAUUCUUCUUAUUAUCCAGGCCCUAUUACUCCUCAGAAUGAACCAUACCGAUUCUUCCUUUAACAUAUCUCUCACCUCUGGUCUUG